AUGUCGAUUGCAACAGACAAUGGAAUGGAAGAUAAGGAGAAGCAAGUGCGAAAAUAUGAAUCAAAAAUAGGAGUAGAAGUGAAAGAAGGAGCAUUAGACUCAGUGGAUUGUUUCCAUGGUUUUAUUACAGAAGAAGAAGUGGAAUAUCGAUUACGAAAAUGUAAAAUUGAUGGUGCAUUGAUUUUACAUGCUGAACAAAAUUCUAUCACACCAAAAUUUUGUCUUUCUUGGCUUCCAUCAGUCAGUAAUUCGGUGAUGCAUUUAUCUAUUGACCAGGUUUGUGGUGAAUAUUUUUUGUUUGGAAAAUCUUUCACAACAUUGUCUGAUCUCAUUCAAACAUUUGUAAACGAAUCAAAAACAGCAGUGUUACCACUUCAACCACCUUCGCCGGUGAAAUUAGUUAACCGUCAAAGGAUAGCAGUACUACCGUUUCGUGCAAUGCCCGAUACAAAUGAAAUAAGUUUUUGUGAAGGUGAUUUGUUAACGGAAAUUCAGCGAGUGGAUAAUGAAUGGGCAUGGGCGAGGCUAGAAAAAAAUGGAAAAUCCGGACUUGUCGCUUUGCAACUAACUGUUCCAUUAAACGACAAGAACGUGAAACCUGAAGAAUUGCCAUAUUUUCAUGACGAACCAAUAAAUGUGCUUACACAACGGUUAACACAAUAUACUGAUGGUUGUUAUCUUUUGCGGCAUUCAUUUGUGCAGUCCAGUUCAUAUACGCUUAUGGUUAAUAUCGAUCAGCAUAUUGAAAAAUUUCAAAUAAAGCGAACAGCAGAUGGUAAUUUCGAAAUUGAUGGGCAAAUUUUUGCUACCAUCCCGGAUAUUAUUGAAAGAUAUAGCGAAAAGGAAAUUUGCAAAGGAUUUCAUUUGACGCGUGCGGUGUUAACAAAGGCAUCUGACAGAGAUUUGUCGGGAAAAAAUGCGGAUAAAAAAUUUCAGGAUUUAGUUACUAAUAGUUUUCGUCCACAGACCGUCUUGGCAUAUCGAAGAUGUAAAGAAGAUAAGUGGAAGCGUUGUUAUGUAACACUUAAUGAUUCGAAUGGUUCACAACUUUACGUUUUAGAUGAUGAGAAGAGAGCAAAGCCAAAAGUAGUUUUGGAUCUUGGUUUUUGCUUUGUUUAUAAAAUUCCGGAAGGAUCAUUCGAUCGAGCUAAUUGUUUAUUGGUUGCGUCGAAUAGUAUGGACAUUUAUCCAUCAGUUCAUUUAUCAUUUCAAAACGAAGGCACAUAUCUAAAUUGGCUUAAUGAAUUACGGUUGCGAUGUCUCGGUUGUCGAUAUUCACCAUCACCAUUUGCUGUAAUUCCUGCUAUACAGGAUUAUUUUAUUCGCUCUACAACUGUUAUUUAUUUAACUUUAACCAGUUUUAGGGGUAGUGAUUUUAAACCUGAUACCUCAUAUAGUGCAGUAGUAACGAUCAAUGGAAUUUUUUUAACAAAAACUCAACAAGUGAUGCCUGCAAAAAAUACCAUUAUAUUCAAUAGAUGUUUUCUAUUGCAAUAUAUUCCUCCUGGAUCAUGUUCAUUGAAAUUUGUACUUUGCUCACACAAUCUUCCACCGACAAAAACACGGAAUCUUGUAUUCAGAGAUUAUCUACAGAAAGAUAUAUCACCACUCUAUUUGCUAGCAGACGAUGGCAAAGAACUUUGCGUGGAAAAUAAUUUUGAGGGAUUUGUAUUUCGUGCGGUACGUCAUCGUAUCGUUUUACUACCCGAAGAACAAUAUGCAUCUUUUUUUGUGCUUCUCACUUCGCGAUCAUUUAUUUUAUCCAUUUGGAUUGGUUCUGUCUUAGAUAUUUUUAAUCGAAAAUAUUUUGCUCGUCUGUUACUCUCUGUCCUUUUACCAAAUUAUGACUUAUUGAUGUCAUUUGUUGAAGUUAUCAUCAGGGAGCAAAUUAAACGUGAAACUGAAGUAACACUUUUUCGGUGUGAUUCAUUUUGUACUUGUUGUAUUUCAACAGUUCUGCGUAUGACUGGUAAGGAUUUGGUUACAGAAGAAUUAGCAAAUUUGCUAACUGGAGGACUACCAAAACAGGAAUUGGAAAUUAUGAGUGCUCUGAAAAAUUUAUCUGAACAUUUACCUCUUCUUUUCCGCGCCAUUCUAUCACAUACCAUAAAAACAGCAAAAGCAUAUUUCGAUGAUUCCAAAUAUGUUGCACGUCGAGUUGCUAGUGUGUUCUUCAUUCUGCGCUUCGUUAAUCCAAUUUUGACAUUUAAUUGCAGUGGCUCGCCUGAACAGUCUCGCCAGUUACCAAAAACAAUUCAGUCACUGGCUAAUCAGGCUUCUUCACCUGAUUAUUGCCCGGAAAAAGGUACUCCUAGUGUUCGCUUGAUGGCAGAUUUGCUUGAUGCUAUUGCAUUAUCACCUUCGAAAGUAGAGUCAUCAGAAAAUCCAUUUUGUGGCUAUAGUAAAAUUGAUCAGUUAGCUUUGUUAGCAUUUCAAGUAGAACGGGUAUUGGAACAACAAGACUGUGACAGCUGUCCUCUUCCGGAAGCUUAUACGGUUAUCAGUUUAUUGAAAAAACAUGCUGAGAAGUACCUCUCUUGUUAA